AUGACUUCUCUAGCUCAUGUUCUCACGCACCCUCUCCGUCGGCUCACCAUAGCUGCCUUUUUCCCCGCUUUGAUUCUCUCUACCGUUGAUGCAAGCUUGUCCGGGCCUGUCCGUAUAGCUGGGUUCUCGGCCAUAUUUAUCUCGGCUAUUGUCUCAACCUUCCUGCUCUGCUUCAAGCGUCGAAACCCAACAAAGGGACACGGAGGAUUAAAGAUUUCCAUCUUAAUUUUCGUAUAUGAUACACUGUCAGCUGCCGGACUUCUGACCUUCCUGAUCUUUACUUGGAUCUAUCUUGGAUCAUGGUGGAGGGAUGCUGGGCUGGCGGUGCUGACUGCCUAUGCCAGUGUACCAUACAUUCUUGUCUUCUGCAUCCAUGCCUACCUUGCGCUGCUCACUCUCAUUGACUUUAUUGAUCGACCUCGACACUGCCCUCAUUGCGAGUGUGACCUCUACUCUCGAACCCCCGACGCGGCUCCGGGAUUCAGCCACGCUCAAGUUUCUCGAGGAGUAUACAGCAGUCUUCACGGAGUUGACCACCAAGCCGUUGAGCGGCCCAGUGUCGACAGCGAUGCCGAUGAGGACGCUAGAUUGCUUGGUGACGAGGAGUCCAGGGUUGGACUUGUCCAUAAUAUUGUCCCUGUUCCCAUUGGUGGAUCAAGGAAGGAUGAGAUCAAAGUUGAGGUUGUCUGA